AUUAGCAGCUUGUCACUGGCUGAAACAGACAAGCGCAUCAGGGAGAAAACUGCACUUCGACAGAGACAGGCAGAAAGAAAGAGACACACUGGCACUGUCCCUGUGCAAAUCUCGACUGGUGCGCACUGUAGUAGAUCCGAACAGACUGGGGAGAGAAGUAACCAAAAAAUAAAUUUCCCCCGACUCCAGUAACUUUCCUUUAGCAACGAAGUGGAAUUUGACGCCGCUGAAAUUGACCUGAAAUUAAACAGACCGCUGUGUGGCACGUUUUGGGCGAUUUUGUUUUAUAUUUGACAUACAGAGUUUGUUUAUGUUUAAAAGGUUUUAGAGUGAGUUGAAAGCAGGGAAGGUUUUUUUGUUUUGUAUUGACUGUUUUAUUUUGAUAAAGGAGAUGGAAGUGUUUGUAUGCCUGACCAUCUUAUUCAGUACUGUGGCUGGGGUGGAGAUGGGCUGUAGACCAGAGUGCCACUGCCCUGAUGUCCCUCCUCGCUGCACUCCGGGAAACAGCUUGGUGAUGGAUGGCUGCAACUGCUGCAAGGUGUGUGCCCGGCAGUUUAACCAGGACUGCAGCACCAUGGAGCCCUGCGACCACAUCAAGGGGCUGGUGUGUAACUUUGGCUCCAGUGAUGCUGCCAAGCGGGGUAUCUGCCGAGCCAAAUCUGAAGGAAGACCUUGUGAGUUUGGUGGGAACAUUUACCAGAACGGAGAGAACUUCCAGCCCAACUGCAAGCACCAGUGUACCUGUAUCGAUGGCAUAGUGGGCUGUCUGCCCCUCUGUCCCCAGGAGCUCUCCCUGCCAUCCAUGGAUUGUGCCAAGCCUCGACUGGUCAAGAUACCGGGGCAGUGCUGUGAGGAAUGGGCCUGUGACACCAACCAUAUUGGUGAAGAUUCUGGCGAUAGCAAUGAGGAAGGGGACGACUCUAUGAGUUAUGAAGAGAUUGGAGACCAACUAGAUGCAGAACCACUCUCAAGCAACGAGCUCACUGAUCUGGUCAGAGGUGGCCUGAAAAUUGAACCAGCCUGGAGGAUGCAGGCUCAAGACCAUAGCGACAAAUCAAAGUGCCUAGUCCAGACAACGGCUUGGUCGCAGUGCUCCAAGACCUGCGGCAUCGGAAUCUCAACGAGAGUGACCAGUGACAACCCCCAGUGCAAACUGAUGAAAGAGACCCGGCUCUGCCAGCUCCGACCCUGCAACCUGACACUCCACGCCAACCUCAAGAAAGGCAAGAAAUGUUUGAGAAUGAAUAAGGCCAAGGAGCCUGUGUGGUUCACCUACGCCGGAUGUACUAGCGUGAGGCAGUAUAAGCCCCGCUGGUGUGGUUCCUGCACUGAUAACCGCUGCUGCACCCCUUCAGAAACCCGCACCAUCUCAGUGCGCUUCCACUGCGAGGACGGAGAGACCUUCACCAAGAGGAUGAUGUGGAUCGACAGGUGCCGAUGCCACUACAACUGCCCAUACCAGAACGCUAUCUCCUAUCCUCACUACAUGCUCCACAAUGACAUCCACAAGUUUUCUGAGUAAGCGUGGCAGGGGGCGGAACUUGUGAGAAAGCAGAGAUUCUGCGUCCUCAAGAGCAGUGGCCAUUUGCUGUGCGCAGUAGUUCACUUUUCUGACUGUUUGUGUCUACACUGGCAACCACACCAGUUCCAAUUCAAUGACCUGCUUCAGCAAUCCAAAGGCUAGACCGAUGUUCAUUCACAACAUUAGCUCUUGUGGCACAUUUGGACUUUGGAUGUAAGUGCUGGUGAUGGCUAUCUGUCUGCCUUCUGACCCUCAUUUCCAGUGGUCCACAUACAGUACAUCUCCUGUAGCUCUUGGACUCUCCUCUGCAAGGGUGUUAUUGACCCAUUAAGCCAACACAUCAUUGCCUCAAACCAACUGACCUUUUAAACCCAAAGACUACACCAUUUGAAAUGGGUCCAAGAAAAGUGAGCGCUUCUCAAUUGAUUCAAAAGAUACGAUGUAUUUGAAAAUUUGCACCUCUGAAAAUCGAGUUUAAGAAUGUGGGACAAAGAAUGCAGACAAAUUGCACCCAUCCAGCAAGUGUUAAUCUUUAAUCUUUUAGUUGAACAGGUAGUUUAUAACUAGUAUCUCUUCUAAGCUAGUUUUCAGGCUUGGUUUAGAACAGAUCAAAUUAACUAACAAGAAUCAAUUCACAUUGACAAUUCUUCCUAAUCUAAUUUAAUCAGAGUUGAUGUGGUUUUAUAUUUUAUAUUUUAUAUAUAUAUAUAUAUAUAUAUAGUUGCAAAUGAAAUUUUUAUGUUAUUUAAGGUCAUUGGACAUAGUUUCUUUCCACAACUGAAAAUGGGAUAGGGACUUAGAUAUUCGAAUGUAAUGCAGACUAAUAAGUUCCUGUGAAUUGUGGCUUGCUUCUGUUUCUGCUAUGGUACUGCCCAAAAAAAAACUUCUCAAUAACAUCUGCCAAAGUGAUUGUCUUCAAGGAGGCUGAAGAGAUCCUUCUUCAAGUGGAUCUUAGAUGGCUACCUUUUUAAGAGGCUUAUUAUAACUGUCUUUGAGGAGGCUCUCGAUGGACACCUUUUUCAAACAGUUUAAGAUGGCUGACUCACUGAAGCCUUACUUCAACCUGUAUUUUUUUUUGGAUAUUACAACUUCUUCUGAAACUGUCCAAUGCUGCCGACAAUUUCUGAUAGAUACUAAGACAUUCUGCCAUGGCAAUUCUGAAUGAGCUAACGAGAACUGUAUCAGAUGGAAUAUUAGGGUCUGACUAGUUUCCAGUAGGCAAGUAGUGCACACAUUCACUGUCAAUGAUUGGCAGAGUUAGGUCAAUGAAGUAAAGAGAGAGAGCCCCAAACCCCAACACCUUGAAUUCUAAUGCUUUAAAAGAGAUUUCUAUGAAUCUUAGUGCCUGACCAGACAUGCACACACAGUCUCAGAUAUACACACACACACACUCCCACAUGCAUAUGCAUACACACACAUUAUGACAUACACAGACACACACACCUUCUCAAAGGGCUCAGACCACCUGCACAUUUUACUCCAUUUUGCGCUGCAUUGAAAUCAUUGGAUAUGAACACAACCCAUUAGGUUAGUGCAGAAACUAAGCUGCUGGGAUGGUUAGGAGUUAUGACCACACUGAUUCAAAGCUUUCUCCUAUAGACCUGUGUUGCAGCACUUACUAUGAAAGGAGUGUGCAUUAAAAUGUGGGAUACCAGCAUGCUGCAUAUAUUUGACCUUCACACCGAAUGGAGCUGUAUCUCCCAAAGUCAACUUGAGGGACUCGUAAAAGCCCUGGUGAUCACUUGUCCAUGAAUUUUGUGGUUUUCUGUAAUUCUAAGACGUUCCCAUUGCCACACAGUCUUCCCCUAUUGCCUAUCAGUUAGAAGGAGGCUGUAAGAAGCUUCCAAUGGGGCAUGGAUACAGAAAAUGGCAGAAUCGAGAACAAACUUUAAAAUUACAGCUAGGCCAUUCAGGAGUGAAACCCAAAGGGCUUUGGAGUCCUGGAUAUAUCUCUCACUCUCUCACUCUCUCACUCUCUCACUCUCUCACUCUCUCAC